AGCUCCAGACUAUUUUGACACAUCUCAGAAUUCAUCACGCAUGAGAGAGGCCAGCCUUGAUGAGGACAUCCCACUUUCACACAGGCAGUUUGUGGAGAACCAGGGAUACGCAUUUGAUGAAAAUGCUGCAGGGUUGAGAAGUGGUAGCCAUCAUAACGGCAACACAGGAGCCAGACCCAGUGCACCCUUCAGAAGUAACGUCUACCAACCAACUGAGAUGACCAUGAUACUAAAUGGAGGAGCAGUUCCAUCCGCACCGCCCACAUACACAGGAAGACAGCUUUGGUAAAGGAGUCUGGAAGAAGGGUGAAUGGAAAAGUGGUGUAAGAGAAAAAGAAAAAAAAAUCUCCCAAGUGAAUGCGGACUUACAGUUAGGAACAACAUUAAAGCCGCCAGUGCUCCAGUGAGACUAAAAUAAAGGACUUGGAUGAUGGUGUGUGUGUGUGUGUGUGUGAGCAAUUUGGCCAGCAUGAUAGAAGGAUGUUAAAACUGGACUACUCUUUGCACCAUCAAUAGCUGUAGUGAUUUGGAGUUAGUGUACUGGUAAAAGUAUUGAUGCAGUUUCACACAUUUCUCCAUUAAAUCAGCUUUUCAUUCCAACAGUAUUUUAAUUUUAUCACCAUCUCGGAUACAGCUAAAUAUUUAUCUUGCUCUGGCUUCAGAUUCACCCUGAAGUCAAAUUGGGCUCUGUAUGUUACAUGAAGAAUUUACAGAUCUGUCUGUACUGCAGUGGUGAUUGUGCAGUAAAACUUGGACAUUUGAUCAUUCUGUGAUAACUAGAUACAGUAUUUGGAUUUCUCUGGUCAAAGUUUUUUUUAUUUCGUGAGUUGUCUGUGUAUGAAUGACUGGUGUGCGUGCAACUGUAGCGCCAAUCCCCAUGCAACAUGCUGUGACAAAUCUUUAGCGUUCUUCUAUGGAUUUUUUUUUUUUUUAGCUCAAAUCUCACUCAAU